CGGGUGGAGGACGCCAUGGGCUCCUGUUCCGGCCGCUGCACGCUCCUGGCGCUCUGCGCUCUGCAGCUGGUCACCGUCCUGGAGAGGCAGGUGUUUGACUUUCUGGGCUACCAGUGGGCACCCAUCCUGGCCAACUUCAUCCACAUUGUCAUGGUCAUCCUGGGGCUCUUCGGCACCAUCCAGUACCGGCCACGCUACAUCAUGGCGUAUGCCGUGUGGGCAGCCAUCUGGGUCACCUGGAACGUCUUCAUCAUCUGCUUCUACCUGGAAGUGGGGGGCCUGUCGAGGGACAGUGAGCUCCUGACCUUCAACUUCUCCUGGCACCGAUCCUGGUGGCAGGAGCACGGGCCAGGCUGUCCGCAUGCGGGGGCUUCCUUGGCUGGACCCAGGACCCUGCAUGGCCAGGCUCUAGGGUCAAGUACUGGCUGCGCCCUGGAGCCCGGCCACGUAGAAGCCCUGCACAGCGGCCUGCAGAUCCUGGUGGCGCUCCUGGGCUUCGUCUACAGCUGCUAUGUGGUCAGCAUGCUCACAGAGGAAGAGGACAGCUUUGAUUUCAUUGGUGGAUUUGAUCCAUUUCCUCUGUACCAUGUUAAUGAAAAGCCAUCCAAGCUCUUGUGCAAGCAGGCGCAUUUGCCUGCGUAAGUGAGGCUGCAACUGCCCCUGCCCCUGAGACCUCCAACUUCAGCCACUACCAGCAAUACCUUGGAGACCCUCAGCCCGGGACCCCCGCUGCCUCCUGCCUGCCCUGCACUCUGUAGAUGACACCAGCAUGUGCUUGGCCACCCUGGACACCAGCCAGGGCAGGAGAGCCAAGCCAGCGUGGACCCUGGCUGCAAUGUGGAAGGAGUUUAUCAUUUUUCUUUCUAAAAAAGAAAGAGAGAAAAGGCGCAAAAGUAAAUGAAGAGAAAACAAGAAGGCACAUUCCCACUCUUCUCAGCCCCCGCUGGGGUUUCAGCUCCAUCCACAGCAGGGCUGGACUGUUUGCUAAGGGGCUUCCUCCCCAGGUGGCCUGCCCGAAGGGUGACUGUGGCUUGCUGCCAGGGGAACGAUGGCCCCACCAGGAAGUCCAAACAAGCCACUGUGACUUUUGGGGGCUUUGAUCAGACACUGUGCCCUGGUCCACCUC